UCGUGGUGUAAGAAAUGUAUGUCAUGUAUCUGUCAAUAGGUGGCGUCUAGUCAACUGCGUGGAUUCACUUCCGCCUGCCAGACCUCCAGACGAGACAAGUGUGAUCUACAUGCAAUAGACGAGAAAGAUGCACUUGUCAGGGGAUUCCGGAGUAUUUUGACAAAACUCGCUGUUGUGCAGAACAUGUCUGUGCUAAAGGGAGUUAACUCUCCCUCAAUACAGACACCCCCAUCUCCUACUACCAAAGACAUGGCUGUCUCUGGCGAACCAGACAAACUUGUGAGGAAAAGCUCAACCAAAAGGACACCCAAUGACUUUAUUUUUGGCAAAGUUAUUGGUGAAGGAUCAUAUUCCACGGUGUAUUUGUCGAAAGAGCUCAGCACUGGAAAGGAAUUUGCUAUCAAGGUUUUAGAAAAGCGGCAUAUUAUUCGAGAGAGAAAACAGCAAUAUGUGAUGAGAGAAAGAGAUGUCUUUAACAAAAUUGGUGCUCAUCCAUUCUUCAUUCAGAUGUAUUAUACCUUCCAAGAUCCAGACAGACUUUACUUUGUGCUGACGUAUGCCAGACGGGGAGAGUUAUUGGAUUACCUGCACAAGUUGUCGUCCUUUGAUGAGAACUGUACACGGUUUUACUCUGCAGAGCUGGUGGUGGCUAUAGAGUACCUCCACAGUCUGGGUAUUAUACACAGAGAUCUGAAACCAGAAAACAUUCUCUUAAAUGAUGAAAUGCACAUUCAAAUAACAGACUUUGGAUCAGCAAAGAUGAUCAAGACAGACGUGGAUAAUACAGAUAAACCUGAAACUGGGAGAAAGAAGUCAUUUGUUGGAACAGCUCAAUAUGUGUCACCUGAAAUCCUGACAAGUAAAGAUCCUCAUUGUAGUACUGAUUUGUGGGCAUUGGGGUGCAUCAUUUACCAACUUUUAUCGGGGUUACCUCCCUUUAGAGGAGGGCAUGAGUAUCAAAUAUUCCAGAAGAUUACAAAGCUUGAGUAUGAGUUUCCUGAGGGAUUUGGCGAUACAGCUCGUGAUUUAGUGGAAAAACUAUUGGUUUUAGAACCAUCAGAAAGAUUAGGCUGUGAAGAAAAAGGUGGAAUGAAGAUAUUGAAAAACCAUGAAUUCUACAAGGGAAUACAGUGGGAUACACUUCAUGAACAGAAACCCCCAGAGUUAACUCCAUACCUGCCUUCUAACUCCUUGAACUCACAGCUCUGGAGUAAAAACAGACCUGGCCUUGAUGAUGCACGCAUCGGUGAGAUAAUCGCAGACACUGUACUGACUGACGAUGAACGGAAGAUUCGUCUGGAGGAGCAGAUCAAGUCUAACGAGUACCACAGAUUUGUGGAGGGAAACCUUAUCCUGAAGCAAGGUUUGCUGGACAAGCGUAAGGGACUAUUUGCCAGAAGGAGGAUGUUCCUGAUGACUGAAGGUCCUCAUCUGUACUAUGUAGAUCCAGCCAAUAAAGUAUUAAAGGGACAGGUGCCAUGGUCCAAAGAGCUACAUCCAGAAGUGAAGACCUUCAAAAUAUUCUUCAUUCACACACCUAACAGAACUUACUACCUUGAAGAUCAUACUGGACAUGCACAGGAUUGGUGCAAGGCAAUAGAAGAUGUCUGGCAGCGUUACUAUGGUGACAAAGAUAAGCAUUAUUAGUGAUACAUUUUCCCCCUACACUGGGAGUCUGGUGUUAAGAAUUUUUAUCUCAGGAAGGUCCUGUGAACUGUGUCUGUACUCAAACUUCACAGGGCUGUGAACUCUCUACAGAAACCUCACAGGACUGCGAACAGUGUACAGGAACCUUACAGGGCUGUAAAGUGUUUACAGGGACAUCACAGGGCUACUGGAACCUUUACAGGGGUGUAAAGUCUGUGCUGGAACCCCACCAGGCUGUGAACUACGUAUAUAAGAACCUUAUAGGGUUUUAAAGUCUGUACUGGAACCUCACGGGGCUGUGAACUCUGUACUGGAACCUUACAGGGCUGUAAAGUCUGUACUGGAACAUCACAGGGCUGUGAACUCUGUACAGGGACCUUACAGGGCUGUAAAGUCUGUGCUGGAACUUCACAAGGCUGCGAACUAUGUACAAGAACUUUACAGGGCUGUAAAGUCUGUACUUUAACAUCAUGGGGCUUUGAACUCUCUACUGGAAUGUCACUGUGAACUGUGCAGUGGAACAUCACAGAGCUGUGAAUUGUGCAGUUGAACACGGUUAUGAACUCUGCUGUGGAAAUUCACAGGGCUUUCAUCUCUGUACUGGGACAUCAUAAGGCUGUGAACUCAGUACUGGAAGGUCACAGUACUUUGAAAUCUGUACUGAACGCACAUGGUGGUGAACUGUGGUGGUGAACUUGUGGGGCUAUGAACUCUGUACUGGACCCUCAUAGGCCUAUGAACACGAUGUAUAUAUGAUAUAUGGGCUCUUUGGUACUGUACUGAAAAGUAUGUGUAGUAAAGUCAAGCUAGAACUAGAAAGUCGUAGAAAUUUGAUCAGAAUAGUUGAAGUCAUUAUAUAAUGAAAACUUUUCACAAUAUGAACAACUUUUAAACUGGAAACUUGUAGUACUUUGAUAUGGUGUGUGGGGAGAGUGUACUGUAGGACAAUCACAGCAGUGUGAUCUCUCUAAGUACCAGCGAGUCACAGGACAAGCCUGGUCAACUGGUCAUUGAUGCAGGAUAGGUGUUAGGAAGCUUGUGUACAUAUUUAACAGAAACAGAUGUAAAUAUUAGGAAGAAAUGGAUAAUGAAAGACAAAGUUAUAUUGAGACCUUGUCAUUUAGCUAAUUUUAAUGAGUCACUGUAGAUCCAUCACUUUUGGAUCUACCCUAUACAAAUUUUGAUGAUGUUUGUGAUUUAUGUAAGGAAUCAGGGCCAAACUCUGUGAAAAGUAAUUUCUGAGAAAUAUAUGUAGUUAUCUGAAAAUUAUGGCGAUGGUGUUGAGGUUUGAGUUGUAAUGGAAUAAACCUGUCGGUAAUGAAGAUAUUUUUUUGCGUAACUCUAAUCUAAAAGUAUGAAGCCAAAUGCUAAAUACUUUUCUGAGGAAGUUAAGCCGAGUUUAUUGAAUGGGAGGAUGGCUUGAGUUUUCCAACAUUGUGAAAUUUUACUGUGUAAUAUGAGAAAAAGUAUCCAUGUUUUAAUACCCAGACUGGGUUGUCAUUUAUUAACAUAACCAUUGUGUGUAUAUAUAUGUAUAAUGAUAUGUGCCAAGGUGAGGCAUGUCAGUCAGACCGGAGCUUAAAUAUACUGAAAAAUUUUUACAGAGGCUUUCUUUUUUUUCCCUCAUUUUUUACAGAACUGUUUUCAUUUCACUGUACAAAUCUAACAUACACAUAAUGUGUGUGUUUUAUUGGCCUAAUGGGUGCAAAUUUGUGUGUGGCGAGGGAAGUAUUAAAGGCUGAGACAAACAGUAGUAAACAUUGUUUUUAGAUGUCCGUCUAUGGUGAAGCUUUAUGUGGUAAUGGCUCAGUAAAGAGGUGUGUUAACCUGUGAACUGUCCAGUGACUUGGUCAUUGCUGGUGUAUUCAUGUGAAUACCAGACCAAAAGGUGUUUAUAAUAAAUUUCUUAACUAAUGAUGAUUUUAUUGAAUGUAUUGGUUUGUGUUGACAAAGGUGAAAUGUUCUUGAACUAUUUGUCAUUCAGUUAUUAAUGUUGACAAGUGGACUCCAUUAGCCUCACAUUGAUGGCUUCAGGUGUUCAUGUAAAUCUAGGAAAUGUGGACUCCAGUGUGUAUGCAGUCACAAACAUGUGGUGAUGUCCUUAGCCCAAGGUCUAGUAAGUCGUAAAAUAUAUCUGAAUCUGUGAAGGAAAUGUUUUCAUGUGAUACACGGUUAGACUGUGUGCAAACUCCUUCCAAGCUGUUUUAGUUAAUGUUUAAUGUGGUAUUUUAUCUGUGUUAUACUUCGCUCCUCACAUCUGUCAUUUUAAAAUUUUACUAAAUACUCCAGUUAUAUCUUGUUUGAAAAUGUUAGUUUCACACUGAAAAUUGAAACUUUUGUAAAUGUUCAUAUUUUGUUUGGAAGAAUAACACCAUAUUGAAAGCCCAAAAUAAUCACAUCUCAAAAUGGGACAGAAACUAUACUAUAAGCAACAAACCAUAUGUCUGACAUACGAAAUACAGAUUCAAGUGAUGGAAACUAAACUAUUAAGAACAUGAGUGUGGUGGAAACCCGUCUUGUGCAACAUAACACAAUGUUAAUUCAGCAGCCAUUCAGGUAUUUGUAAUGAUGAAAAUAUGUUCAGACAAAAAGAGGUAUCGGUAUAGGUGUGUAGAUCAUGACCCACUUCUGCAAAACUUUGUAAACCAAUUUUUCGCGACUUUUCUCGUAAAUGAAGUAGACUUAUAGCACUAUAACCUACACCGUACAUGUAUCUUUUACAAAAAACGUUACGAAAAAUCUAACUUACAAUAGUUUGUGAAAGUGGCCCCACAUAAUAAAGAUUCUAAGUUUCCAUGCUGUGAAACUGAAAAUUCCUUGUAAUACCACAUCCUGUGAUUUUGACCAAAUACAUGAUAUAUACACUAUGUACAUGCUCAGUUAUUUAUUCAACAAAUCACAUUUACAGAGGUGACAUCAAAGUGUAGUCACCGCAAAUUCUUGUGCCAUGGUGCAGAAUUUUGAACACUUCCAUAAGGCUGACUAUAACCAAAAGUGUGUGAGUGCUGUGUGAAGCUUGUCUAUUCAGUCUGCAUGAACACAUCAGAUUGGUAGAUCACUUUUAUACACGUCAACGCACCCACAGACAGUAAAUAUUUGUGAUGUAAUGAUCAUUAUAAUCUUGUUCUCAAUUGUUACAACUUCUUAUGAAUUUCGUUUUGGUUUUAUUUAAAGAUUUCGCAUCAUGCUAAAUUGCCACACAGAAAUGUUAGACCUGGCUUGCCUCUUCACUAUAUCAAGAACUUCAGUCUCUUGCAUACUUUCAUAGCCCUUUUGUGUACAUAUACUUUUAUGGACAGUUUUUAUCAACGUUUGAUUCUGUACAUCAUCAUUUGAUUAAGCAUUCAGAAGUUGUUCAUACCAACACAAAAGACAACUGAUCCACCACCCUGUGUUGAACAUGUAUGUAAGUAAAAUAAGUUUUAAUGGUAGAAAAUCAUUUUAUUUGGAUAUGUGUGUACUUGUGCUUUACUGACAGCAGAAAAUAACUCAAAUGACGUGGUAGAAGUCCUGUUUUUCACCCUCCAACAGUGGUAAAAGCAACUUAUAUUGAAGAGUAUAUCCUGGUCAUAUAAAUACAAUGUAAACUGUGUGACUUAGUUUGGUUCCAUGUUAGCUGAAAGUGCUCAGUUUCUGUCUUUUUAAUGCUUCUGUUGUUUUAAGUGUUUUCAAGGUUUUAUGUUAGUCUGGAACACUGACACCUAUUAGUUGGUUUUAUGUCAUUUAUAUAUGUGAGACACUAUUUUACAUGUGAGUGUCUUUCAGUGUACAGAAAAGAGCCUAACCAUAAUAUUGCUUUUGAAGCUAUAUCUAUCACCAUGUGUAAUUGUCCGCUGUAUGAACUGGUCUGUUGUGCGGAUAAGGCAUAUGCCCUUUUACUACAAGGCUAACGAGGUACAGGACCUACACUUUACCUACAAAACACUCAGUCUACUUUGUCUAUUUUCCAGCCUCCAAAAUUAGUGCAAGGUGGAUUGGUCACAGCAUUGUUUGUAUCUAAAAAUAUGUGUAUAAAAUCUUAAUAAAUACCACAGGUGUUGUGACCAGAGUGAUGCAAUGGCAAAAUGAUGUGUAUCACCAAAUUGUUUAAAGCAUUAUACAUGUUCCAAUAUUAUGGCAUUAAAGCAAAUCUUUUAUACCCUUAUGUUUUGUUCAUGUUUCUCUCUUGUUUUAGGAUUGAGUAGUGCAUCCACCUUGUAAAUUUGUGCUU